CGCCUCCUCCUCCUCGUCGUCGUCAGUGGGCCGCCGCCGUUAUGGCCCGAGCGGCCUCGCUGGUGCCGCCCCUGCGGCUCCCCCCGCCUCCCACCCCCAACGCCGAUUCCCAGCCCCAGGCGGCGGCGGCGGCGGCGGCGGCGGGCGAGGAGGAGGCCGAGGAGGAGGAGGAGGUGGAGAGGCGGCUGCUCAUCCCCCGUUCCUCCCCGGUUCCCCGCCCCCGGGACACCCCGGUCACCUCGGACGACGAGGCCGAAGCGGCGGCGGCGGCGGCGGCCCCCGCUAGGCCGCACUCCCGGCACCCUCUGCGGCGGGUGUUGUUCGCCGACGAGGCCCUGGGCCUGCCCCUGGCCCAGCUGAGGCGCUACCGGCCCUGGGGGGACCCCCCCGAGGACGAGUCCCCCCCCCGAGUUGGCCCUGGGACCCCCCUCCGGCCCGCAGGUGCCCCCUUCUACCUCCUGCCCGGGUUCGUGCUGCCCCCGGCCCCGGGCCGGCUGGAGCGCCUGCGCCGGGCCAUGGUAGAGCUGGAGGACCUGCUGCCCCCCGAAGACCCGGGGGACCACCGGGGCCCGGUGCUGCGGGGCCUCAUCCGCGUCCUCAACCUCUCCUACCACAAGUCGGUCCACGUGCGAGCCACGCACGACCGCUGGGCCACCUACCACGACCACCCGGCCCACUACGUGCCCGGCGGCUCGCCCGACGGCGGCCAGACCGACCGCUUCGCCUUCCAGCUCGCUUUCGACGCCCCUGGCCGGGAAGGGGGCGAGGGCCCGGCUCCCCGCGACGGGGCCCGCGUCGACUUCGUGGUGCGCUACCAGACGCCCGACGCCGUCUACUGGGCCAACAACCAGGGCAAGAACUACACCGUGGUCCUGAAGGAGACCGCCGCGGCCAGGGGGACGAGCGGAGGGGCGCCGCCCGCGCCGCCGCCGAAGCCCCUUGCCCGGGAGGUCGAGACGAGGCGGCUGAAGAGUUGUAUGAAACCUGUCAGAAACAGGCAGAACGAGGAAGGACUAAGAAGAGUGAAUUUGGAAGAAGCCAUCUCUGUUGCUGACUGGACCAGUGAAAAGGAGGUACUGAGCAAAAUAACAGCACCCACAGCUCUAAAACCAGGGCUGCAAAAGAUACAGGUUCCUGAGGUCACCGUGACGAGCACCUCCCCAGAGAAAAAGGAGUUUUCCAGAGACAAACCUGUCAUUUUUACCGAGUCUCCCCAAGCUCCAGCCAUCAAAAUCCAUCCUAAUGUGCUGAGCUUCCUGGGUGAUCAGGAGGGUCUCCUGGCAAGCCAAGGGGUGCAAGUUUCGGAAGGGAGCCAGGAUUUGAAAAAGGAGGUGGAACCUCAGGCUGGGUGUGGCAAGAGGCAGGCUGAAGAGAUGGCAGUUUUGGGGUCCGUGAACGGACAACGUAGUCUACUGGGUUGGAAUAGAAGAGAGCUCUCCGCGGAAGGUCCUUUCAAGGAGCAGCCUUCGGAUAGUCAAACCUGGAGAUGUAAGGACCUCGCUAGGUCAGAGGAGUCCCAGAACGAAGACGCCGUCGACAAGGAGUUGGAACAACUCUAUCUGUCUCACCUGAGCCGUCUACGCGCCGCGGAGCUGCAGGAAGCCGGCCACGCCAAAUGGUCCGACUCCGGUGUCGAGGGGGCUGGAGAUUUUGGAUUUCAGCACUCCCAUCCACACGGUCUUCUCACGGACCGGGAUUUGAUUCUGAAGUGGACGGGCCCCGAGAGGGCCUUGAAUAGUUCCCUGGCCGAAGAAAUCACUCUGCACUAUGCUAACGUGGUGCAAGGGGUGGAGCUGAUAGAUGACACCAAGGAGUGCGAUGAGGAGCCGGACGUUUCAUCCAGUGCUGAGGAAUCACCUUGCAACUUGGAAGGAGACGCACUGCAGGCGUCCCCUCCAGAAAUCGUUACUCUGCCUUUUGCCUUGGAAGAUGCGACAACGGCGUUAGGCGAAACGGGGCCUGUAGGGGUAAAGGUCACUUGCGAUGAGGUCCAAGGUUCAGAGAAGGAAAGUCUAAGAGUUGUAGGAAAGGCUGUUUUCUUUCAGGAUCGGGAGGAAGAGAAAUUCCCGCUACCUGAUGAUUUGCAGCGUCAAAGUCCCUGCAUGACCGAGGUGCGAGAUUCCUCAGCUACCGGCCUAACGGCAACAACUGACUCUUACACCACAAUGCCCUCCUUUAAGCCAUGUGAUGGCAGCGUCCUUCAGUCCGGGAAUGAGCUGACAACUCUGGAAAUGAUGGGAAAAGAACAGGGCCAGAUUAGCCUACCAGAGGCCAACGUGCUCACGUCAAAAGAGCCCGCAGGCUUUGUCGAACCCUCUCCCGGGGGUCAGGAAGAAGGGUCCCCAUUGACCAACAAUCCCAGUCUCCUAGUGAGUGCCCCAAAGCCAGAGCUCCCUGAGAACAGACUCUUUGAGUUUUCCACCAAACUCCAGAAGGCUCUCCUCCAGUCUCUGCAAUUUCUUGGCUUGUUGGUCUUCCUCCCCGUUGUGUUGAAUAGCUGCAUGUCCUUAGUGGCCAUCGUGCUGUACCUUUCUCUGGAGUGGCUCUUGUGAAUCGGUGCAGUUGGUGGGCUGCGGGAGGGCGGGAUGGGGUGGGGUGGUCCGUCGUUCGGCAACCCGGGAUUCCCGAUUGAGGCCCGAGGCAGGAUCCGAAUUCCCCACCCGCUGGAUGAAUCCAAAGAUGCUCGGCAAUGGAAGGGGCCCCAUUCGACCCCGGCCAUGAAAGAACAAGAGAGUUCAGACUGACCUUUAAAGCCCACACGAAGGCCUCCUUCUGGUUCUCCUCAACGCAAAGCUUCCCCCUAUUCAGCCUUGCCUUCCUCCCGGCCCCCAGUCAUGAAUAGGUUGCUGUGCGACUGUUCUUUCAGAAGAGAGAACUGCAGAGAGCAUGAAAGAGGUUGUAAAAUGGCAUCUGGUGGGCAGAGGAGCCCAUAUUUAUUUUUGUACAGUUGUUAAGGUGAGGUGAGGCAAUAGUCCUAAGCUGGUCUUGCGGCACAACUAUCCCUAGAUAUAUUUAUUAACUACCCGUUUCCAAAAACCACUGGAGGGUUUUUAAAUUUUAAUUUAUAUAGAGAGAGCUCUAGCUGCCAAACUAUUCUAAGAGAAAUGUUUUGUCUUAUGUAUGAUCAUUUGCCGUCUAGGUACUGGGUGAAUGGAGUUUAAAUGCUGUCGGGUGAACUUUGAGGCGAUGAUGACUACUGCUUCUAUGCAUAAUGUUUUUUUCCAAAUGUACUUCCUCUUCGUGGUGAGCGAACUUUGGCUCAGGAGGGCCUCUAUCCAAUAAGACGUCAGUGAUUGGCAGUGAUUAGAAAACAACAGCAGGCACUCGGCAGUUACGUUUUUUCCAAGUUUCUGCUCUGGGUUCACUGGGGCUCGAGACAAGCCCCUCAACCUCUCUAGACCUCGGUUUCCCAUCUGUGACUUGGAACCGAGGUGAACUAUGAGCCUUCGGCAAAGGACUUUAAGAUCCUUAAGUGGAAGACUAACAGAGUAGAAGGGUUUUGCUCACUCGAUAACGAAUGUGAAGUCAUUAAAUACUCACUGUCUGGCAACUGGUUUCCCCACUGGGUUAACAGUGGCAAGGUUGCAAAUCCAAGUUAAAGAUUGUAGGGAGAGAGAAUAAAUACACAUCCAGAUAACUUUCAAAAAUUAACACUAAAGCUAGAGGUUUCGGGUAAAUGCCCAUCAACAUAUAGAUGUAGAGCUGCUCAGUACUGUAGUGUCUCCCGUCGCUUUCCAUUCGGUGUUCUCGGAGUUUUGGUGUUCCAUUGGGUUUUUACUGGGAGGGAGAAUAGAGCUGAACCCGGGAUUUAUUUCACUUGGUUCCCUUUCUUCUCAGGUUUUCCAUUUCCACGGGCAUCGGCCGCUACUAAGUGUGGCCGGAGAGUGACUCGGCUUUUAAUUGUUGAUUUUUUUGGACGGCUCUUCGGGCUUGGGCGGAGACAAAUGGUGUGUGUGCGGGGGAGGGUAGGUACCCUCUCUCGACUGCCCUCCCUCUUGCAGCAAACGAGGGAGGUCUUGAAUUUAAACCUGACUGAGUUUCCAGUUGGCUGCAAGCCAAACUUGAGGUAACGUAGUCUCUCUCAUCUCUGGGUUAGCUAGAAAAUGAUGUGCUUUCAAUAAGAAUUUUAAUCUGUUCAGGGCAUGAAUCAUGCUACGUUUAUUUUUCGGAAGCCAAACCCCCUUUAAAGAAGCGGCUGAGUGCCGUUCACAGUCUCAAUGAUAGGGAAAUAUGUGGGAUGAGCAAGGAGCAAUUUGAUAAGCGUCUAAUUUUAGUGACUAGGUUUUUGAAAUAACUGGAAAGGCUCUAGUUGACAGAGUUUUCCGGAGGCCCAACACUCUUUUUGGAAAGCACCUCAUUUUAUUAAUGUCACCAUCAGAACUCCUGAUGGAUUGCCAAAACUCCAAGGAAGAUGGGAACAGAAAACAAAGAUGGCACAGGAUUCUGGGUGGCCACUUUCAUAAAGUUAGUACUUGAGCUUCUGCUUAGGGCCCCACCUCCCACCGCACCCUUUCCCAGGUUUGUGUAGGAAUGGAAGUAUACUUGAGUUUCAGUGAGGUACUCCUUAACUUUAAAAAAAAAAAAUUGGCUUAUCUUUUUUAUCAAAUGUGCUAACUCUUGGCUGUGGCCAUCUGGGUUUUAUUUCAAGUGACUUAUGUAGGAGAAGCAGUCAGAUUCAGGUGUUUUAUUUUCUGUGCCAACAGGCAGAUCCUGCUGACGUGAAGUUGCACCUUCCUUCUGAUGUGUGAUUUACCGUAUGCCUUCGCAGUGUAUUUUUGCCAGGGCAGUUGGACUGCCCACGUGUCCCUGACAUGGGCAGCUGGGCCCCGAGAAAGUUCUUUAGCUACUUUUCCAAUAAAAAACCUGGGCUCAUGCCUCUUUGCAGAGUACGGGACCGGGGGGAUAAGCUGGAAGAGACUACGCGUGUGGGAAUUUGACAUGGUCCCUCUCCCUCGGGAGCAGUGGACAAUUCAUCGAGGAUCCCCCCCCCCCAAAAUUUCCAGUGCCUGGAACUCAGAAAGGAAUUUUGAAUGUAUUUGAGUAAGUGAGAAGUAGAACUGAAAGUUGGUGAAGGAUUUGCCUGCGGUGAGAAUGUUCUCCGGGUAAUCCCUCAGAAUAGGCUUUGGGAGGGCAAGUGGAAGAGAAACCUUAUGUUUUGAGUCUUCUGCCCAUCAGCAAAAGGUAUUAAUAGAGAACAUUCUGGUCAUGAGCUUAGAUCGUAUCUUCUGCAGUCAGGCCACGCUUUCCCCUCCCUCUGAACUGGGGAUCAAGCAAUCACCAAUGAAUCAAAGGUAUUUAUCGAACGCUUACAGUGUGCGGAGCACCAUACUAGGCGUUUGGGAGAGAACUGUACCGUCGAGUUGGUAGGCGCGCUUCCUGCCCACAAGAAGCUUAUAGUCCAGAGGGGCAAAGCUUAAAACACUCAUACGGCGUUCACCCUCUCUAAAGUCCAGAAGACCAAAUGCUACCAUAUACGUGACUCUAACCCGGAGCAAAUACUUCUGCUUCUGGCGUGCCUCUUUAAGGUGAGUUGUGGCUGGCUAGCCGGGAUCAUUAUACCCACCGAGCGUCAGAAUCACUCAGUGGAGGUGACCAGGGAGACCACGUUAUUGCUACGUUGGCUUAGAAGGUCACGGGCCUGGAGUAGAGAAACUUCUAGCUGUCAGCUCUUCUUCCCAGCAGACGUGCUUCUGCAGUGGUAACUAAACCCUUGGGAGCUUGAGAGUUGCGUCAAGGCCCCGCCGCCUGUUAAAGUACAUCAAAAGCGUAACCGCGCAUGUAGAGUUGGCCCGGAUGCUUUCGCAGUAUGAGAAAGAGGCCAACUGAGGCCCAGUCUUUCCCUCCGGGCCGUUCCACUGAGUGCUGUAGUGGGCAUCGGCUUUCAGGGUAACCGAAUCCCCGACUUCCCAGCAUGAAAAAGCUCCUUUCUAAAUGACAUUCCCAGCUUGCGAGGGAAGAUGAGGAUAGGGAUCUUGGCCCUGAUCCCAACCGAGCAACUCCCUCCUGGAGACAUGGCGACUUAGAGGAGAGAGUCAUAUGAAGUGAGGGUAAUUAAGCGGGGAAUCUUUCCCAUUCUCCUGGAUUAAAAAAAAAAAUCCCUUUUUCCUUGCAGCUUGAUCGAUUCUACUCUGGAACCUACUCUCACUAGCAGUAUGGAAGUGCUUUAGAAAAGUACGUAGUAUUUCUUGAAACCAGACAAACCUCACAGUCUAUGUAACCUAGAAGCAGAGGUGAAUGCCAUGUGAACUGUGUCUUCUACUGUAUCUCACUGCUUGUGGGCGGUAGCGGGAAAGGAAGGGUUUAACACAAAAAGAAGCGCAGUUCAUUAGUCUCUGUAAUUAUGAUCUUCAUUAUGUGUGUGUGGACGAAACUCCCACUCUUCUCUUGAGCUACCCCUUUCCUCGCACCGACACUAGCCGAUUGCUGCCUUCCGGAUGGGGCGGUGGAGGGGUGCAGGAGGGAGGGGUAGUAGAAUAAUUCAUUGUCUGGCUUUGUGGAAAUUGACAUUUAUGUAUCUGCCAGUCUUGUGCAAACCUGUGUGUCUUCACAGUUGUGAUUAUAUUGGAAACACUAAUAAAUCUCCAACUCCUCUCACA